AUGGCAUCCAACCUCUUCUCUCGCUUCACCGGGUCCAACAAUGCUUCAGCCUCCAUCUAUGACACCAUCCGAGAGCAUGAUGAAGACUCGGGAGGCUCUGAUGUCGAGGAGAGAGCCGGGCUCGUGGCCGAAGGUCAACUGGCCGACCAAGGCUACCUAGAUCUGGACUCCCCCGAUCCAAACCUGACUCCACCGCAAGUCCCCUCGCGUCACCUCGAUGCCUCGACACUGGACGCCAAUAGAGGUCAGGCUUCAAGAAAAGACAAGAGCAGGAUUCAACACCGGCCGAGAUGGAGUCAGGGCACUCACAAACUGCUGGAUGUGGAAGAGGCGGAUGACGAGGUUCCAGCAUCUUUGCUGAUUGACCAUAACGCGGGUGGCCGUGAACAUGGCUCCAUAUCGCUCCCUCCACCUCCCAGCCAAACGUCGUCCGACGGCAUUGCUCAGCGCAGAGAUGGAAGUCGUCGGCAGUCUCCGGGUCACCCUCUUCGUUCACAGACUCGUCGACCGUCAGGUCUCGGUGACCAACAACAUCCCCGGACUGACGCGGUUCCCGCCGCCCUUUGGGGCAACCUUGCCAGUGCAGAUCCCAAGGAGAAGGCCAUGUUCCGCUGGGUCAACGUCACGAACCUGGACAAUUUCCUGCUGGAAGUGUACACCUACUACGUCUAUCACGGCUUCUGGUCCAUCCUACUCAUGCGCUUGCUGAACCUUGUCACGGUCGCAUUCGUGGUCGGCUUCUCCAUUUUCCUCACUCAGUGUAUCAACUAUCGAGACAUCCGAGGAAGCACCAAAAUGUCGGAGAUUCUUGUCCCUCAGUGUGGCAGGAACAUGGGCUUUCUCCCGAAUGCUUUGUUGUGGCUCACCACCUUCAUUUGGAUCUGGAAAUCUGCCUUGUACGUCAUUGACAUUCCUCGAUUGAACCACAUGCAUGACUUCUAUCACCACCUUCUCAACAUCCCCGAGCAGGAAAUCCAGUCUAUAUCCUGGCAGGAGGUUGUCAGUCGGCUUAUGGCUCUUCGGGAUUCCAAUCCUACCAUCACCUCAACCUCCAAGAAGCCGGGAGGCUACAUCAGGUCCCAGGACAAACAGCGGAUGGACGCACACGACAUUGCCAAUAGGCUGAUGCGGAGACAAAACUACAUGAUUGCUAUGAUCAACAAAGACAUCCUUGACUUGACCCUCCCCAUCCCCUUCCUCCGCAACCGCAAGCUUUUCACCCGGACCCUGGAGUGGAAUAUCGAUAUGUGCAUCAUGGACUUCGUCUUCAACCGUAAGGGACAGGUGCGGACGCUCUUUUUGAAGGAUACCCACCGGAAGGAUUUGUCGGAAGCACUCCGAAAGCGAUUCAUCCUCGCCGGCGUUGCAAGUCUCCUCUUUGCCCCUUUCCUCGCCAUUUUCUUCAUCCUGAAACAUUUUUUCGAGAACUUCAAUGAAUAUCAAAAGAACCCUGCUCAGAUUGGGUCGAGAGAAUACAGCCGCUUCGCGCAGUGGAAGUUCCGAGAAUUCAAUGAAUUGUAUCAUUUGUUCCAGCGGCGUAUCAACAUGUCUUACCCCUUUGCGACGAGAUACAUCAAUCAGUUCCCCAAGGACAAAACCAUCCAAGCGGCUCAAUUUGUCAGCUUGGUGUCCGGAGCAGUGGUGUCGGUGCUCGGUCUGGCGACGAUUUUUGAUCAAGAAAACUUCCUCAAUUUUGAAGUGACCCCAGGGCGGACCACAAUCUUUUAUCUUGGAAUCUUUGGUUCGAUCUGGGCCUUGGCUCGAGGUCUUCUACCGGACGACAACAUGGUGUAUGAUACAUCUCUCGCGAUUCAAGAAGUGAUACAGUUCACUCAUUACGAACCCCAGCACUGGGCGGGCCGGCUCCAUACCAUUGAGGUCAAGCAAGAGUUCUCGCAGCUGUACCAAAUGAAGCUUGUCAUCUUCAUCGAGGAGGUGUUGAGUAUGAUCUUCACCCCUUUCGUGCUCUGGUUUAGUCUCCCGAAGUGCAGCGAUCGGAUCAUCGAUUUUUUCAGAGAGUUUACGGUCCAUGUUGACGGGCUCGGAUACGUUUGUUCUUUCGCCGAGUUCAACUUUAUGAAGCAGCCGCAUAGAGCAGCAGUCGACCAAGCUGUCACUCAAACUGCCGGAACCGGGAUCUCAACCGGAGCAGCGAACAUUAGCAACAACACAAAUACGAACCCACGAGACGAAUACUUUGCAUCCAAAGACAACAAGUUGGAGAACAGCUAUUGGGGUUUCAUGAACGACUACGCUCGUAAUCCCAAGACGGACAUCCGCUUUCCUUACAACCCUUCCCGACGACGGUUCAUUAUGCCCCCUCCCGUCCCCGGCUUACCUUCACCGCUCUUCCCAAGCGCAGAUCCAGGCCAGGCAUUUGGAGGUGGAAUGGGAAUCCAUGCAGCUCGUCAUGGCAGCACAGGAACGGGGGUGCUUGGAUCCCCGUACCGCGAUGCCUCAGGCACGCCCGGAUUCGGCGCCCAGCCUCACGCGCACGGUCACUUGCCAUCUCAGCCACUCGGCUCGCCGCUUCAGUCGAUGCUUCUAGACCCGCAUCAUCAGCCUUCCGCCAGCGGAUUGGUCUCAUCGCCACAGACUCUUCGACCUCGCGGUGGUGGUGGUGGUGGUGUCCAUGGCCUCUUCGGGAGAACCCGACCCGACAUUCCUGACGAGUUGGCCGAAGAAGACGACUUCCCUCCCGGACGUCCCCAGUCUUCUCGUCUUCAGCCUCAGCCUCGUCCUCCACCAAGGUCAGAUGGUCUGGCAGGAGCAGCCGGCAGGGCGGAUCGUCUCUCUGACCGCACCACACAGAUGCACGAAGGUGAGCUCGGCUCCUGGAAAUAUGAGGACAACUCGUCAUCUGGGGAGGCCAGCGAAGACGAAGACAGCAAUGCCAAAGCCAUCACUGCGUUGGGCGCGCUGGGUCCGUUGGGGUUGAUUAGACAGUUCCAAAAGGCUCAGACGCAGGACGGAGGUAGGACGAGAGUUGGUGAAGCGGGGAUGUGA